GUUCAUUUUGACACCUUCCACCGUGUUGAAGAACAAGAAGAACCUCGAUUCUCUCGGAAAUGUCGGCGUACGACGGUGUUCAGAAAAGCGCCUUAAAAAUUAAAGGCGUCGGGGCUUUGUCGUCUGGGAAAAAAAAGAAGAAGAAGGACAAGGAAAGCAAGCACCGGAUGGAACAAGUGGCCACCAAUCAAAAUGAUGAGGAGGUGAAGGCCAAGAAAACGCACACAGACAAAAGGACUCCAGCUCAAAUUGCCUUUGACAAGAUGCAGGAAAAGAGACAAAUGGAGAGAAUUCUGAACAAAGCAUCAAAGACACAUAAACACAGAGUUGAGGAUUUCAAUCGACACCUGGACAACUUGACUGAACAUUAUGAUAUUCCUAAAGUCAGCUGGACUAAGUGAAGAGGGGGGAAGAAUUUCCUUUUUCAUGUUUCCCCAAUGUGCAUGUUACUCCUUAUUUUAUGUAUUCAUGAAUAAACUUGUGCGAUGUGGUUUCUAAG